UUUCUUUCGACCCGAGUAGUGUUGCUAAACGAAUCACAGUCUCGACUUUGUUUGAAAAAUGUCUGUCCACUCACCCAAUCCUGGCCUAAUCCUCCAGAGCAAACGUUUCCAUGGACUGCGGAACAUCCUGGAACGCGAAGGCCCCUUCUGCAAGGACGGCUUCGCGGCCUCGCCGGAAAACCUGGAGUUCUUGCAGACCAAGUGCCAGGUUCUGAUCAUCGGAGCCGGCGGCCUCGGCUGCGAACUGCUGAAGGAUCUGGCUCUGAUGGGCUUCGGCAACCUGCACGUCAUCGAUAUGGACACCAUCGAGCUGUCUAACCUGAAUCGCCAGUUUCUGUUCCGCCGCACCGACAUUGGCGCCUCCAAGGCGGAGUGUGCGGCUCGCUUCAUCAACGCACGAGUGCCCACUUGCCGGGUGACGCCGCAUUUCAAGAAGAUCCAGGACUUCGAUGAGUCCUUCUAUCAGCAGUUCCACCUGGUUGUCUGCGGCUUAGACUCCAUUGUUGCCCGGCGUUGGAUCAAUGGCAUGCUGCUCUCCAUGCUGCGAUAUGAGGAGGACGGCACCAUAGAUACCAGCUCCAUAGUGCCCAUGAUUGAUGGCGGCACCGAGGGCUUCAAGGGCAACGCACGCGUCAUCCUGCCCGGUUUCACGGCCUGCAUUGAGUGCACGCUGGACCUGUUCCCGCCGCAGGUCAACUAUCCUCUAUGCACCAUAGCAAAUACUCCCAGGCUUCCGGAGCACUGCAUAGAGUACGUAAAGAUCAUACAGUGGGAGAAACAGAAUCCGUUUGCGGUGCCUCUCGAUGGGGACGAUCCCCAGCACAUUGGUUGGAUCUACGAACGGGCUCUGGAGCGGUCGAAUGAGUUCAACAUCACCGGAGUGACCUAUCGCUUGGUCCAGGGCGUUGUCAAGCACAUCAUUCCCGCUGUGGCCAGUACCAAUGCAGCCAUUGCCGCCGCCUGUGCUUUGGAGGUCUUUAAGUUGGCCACCAGCUGCUAUGAUAGCAUGGCAAACUAUUUGAACUUCAACGACCUGGACGGAAUCUAUACCUACACCUACGAAGCCGAGAAGUCGGAGAACUGCUUGGCGUGCAGCAAUACACCGCAGCCGUUGCCGAUUGAGGAUCCCAACACCACCACGCUGGAGGAUGUGAUAAAGCUAUUGUGCGAUUCCCCGCGCUUCCAGCUGAAAAGCCCAGCCUUGACCACUGUGAUGAAGGACGGCAAGCGGCAGACUUUGUACAUGUCCGGGGUAAAGAGCAUUGAAGAGGCCACCCGAAAGAACCUUACGCAGAGUCUGGGCGAACUGGGUCUACACGAUGGCCAGCAGCUAACAGUCACCGAUGCCACCUCGCCGUCCGCCAUGACUCUGCAGCUGAAGUACCAGUCCAAUGAGGUGGAGAUGGCCUAAAGUGUAUCACAGUAGAUAACAAUUUUAAUACACAAGUCGUAUAUGUAAAUAAACAGCAGGCUUAGCCUCAAGUUACGCAUCUAAA